AUGGUGGUACUUUCACAGCCAGCACUAGAACCUUUCUCACUAAUCAAAACAUGCAAACCUGUAGCCUUCUUUUCCACGAUACCAGUGGUCGACCUGACAGACCCUCAUGCCAAGACUCUCAUAGUCAAGGCCUGUGAAGAGUUUGGAUUCUUCAAGCUGGUCAGUCAUGGAGUUCCAUUGGAAUUCAUGACAAAGUUGGAAGCUCUAGCUACCAACUUCUUUAACCUUCCCCAGCCUGAGAAAGACAAAAUUGGACCUCCUGAUCCUUUUGGCUAUGGAAACAAGAAAAUUGGCCCUAAUGGGGAUGUUGGUUGGGUUGAAUAUCUCCUCCUCAAUACCAACCCUCAAAUUGCCUUCCAAAAAACGUUCUCCAUUUUCCAGGAAAACCAACAAAAUUUCCGCUAUGCGGUUGAAGAUUACAUACUGUCAGUGAAGAGAAUGACUUUCGAAGUAUUGGAAUUGAUAGCUGAUGGGCUGGGGAUUGAGUCAAGAAAUGUGUUCAGUAGGAUGUUGAGGAACGAUAAGAGCGAUUCAUGUUUUAGGCUAAACCACUACCCACCAUGCCCAGAGCUGCAAGCAUUGAGUGGUAGAAAUUUGAUUGGCUUUGGGGAGCACACAGACCCACAGAUAAUAUCUGUUCUAAGAUCUAACAACACAAAUGGCCUGCAAAUUUGUCUGAAAGAUGGGACUUGGGUUUCAGUCCCACCUGAUCAGACCUCCUUUUUCUUCAAUGUUGGGGAUGCCUUGCAGGUAAUGACUAAUGGAAGGUUUAAAAGUGUGAAGCACAGGGUUUUGGCUGAUCCACUUAAGUCAAGGAUUUCUAUGAUUUUCUUUGGUGGUCCGCCUCUGGGUGAAAAGAUAGCACCUUUAACCUCCCUUAUUGCAGAAAGAGAAGAAAGCUUAUACAGGGAGUUCACAUGGUCUGAAUACAAAAGGUCUGCGUACAAGUCAAGGCUAGCUGAUUACAGACUUGGGCUAUUUGAGAAAACUGCAGGCCAAUGA